GAAAAACACGCUGUUGAGUUAUUAUAGGUCGAGUAUUUGUUUUCUGGUUCGGCUAAUUUUCCGAAAGCAGAGGAAUGAGAAUCCCAUUCGCAGGCUCCAUCAGACACAACAACAACAACAAUUGUAUCUUUUUUCUCUCAUUCACACCGCCGUACCUAAAAAUCUAAAGAAUCUCCAUUUCUUUUCUCUUCUUUUCUUUUCUUCUCUUCUCCUCAGGCCUCCUUUCUCUCCCAAUUCUCCACAAUUUUAGCAACCUCCAUAUUUCUGCUUAUCGAAAAUAUAAUCUCUUCGUCUUUAGCGUCUUAAAAUCCGCUUCUUUUAUCGAAAACAAUUCAGGAUCAUGGGGUUCAAGCAUCCUUACAUGCGCUUAAACCUCAUGUCUUUCGUUCAUAUGCAAAGCUGAAGAAGAAGGGCUUCACUUACUUGUUUCAGAGAUUCAAACAAACAAUUCGCGCAUGGAGUUUCAGGAGGCUAUCAUGAAGUUGAUGAUCCACAAAGCCAAAGAAAACGAAUGGGCUUUCCAAACCCCUGACAGAGUGACAGAGAUAAGCAGUCCCAGCCCCAGGCGCAAAUGGAAGCUUUUCCACAGGUCCUCAACGGCCAUGCCAUCAAAAACUGCAAAGGCCCAAGCUCCAAAAGAGUUCAUUUGCCCCAUCUCUGGUUCUCUAAUGGCUGACCCAGUCAUCGUCUCCUCAGGCCACACCUUCGAGCGUGCCUGCGUCCAAGUCUGCAAAGCCCUCAACUUCACACCCACUCUCGUGGACUCUCCCCCACCCGAUUUCUCCUCUGUAAUCUCCAACCUCGCUCUCAAAUCCGCCAUUCUCAACUGGUGCCGCAAGUCCUCCAUAGACCCUCCCAAGCCCCUCGAUUUCAGCUCCGCCGAUCAGCUCGUCCAUGCGUUCAUGGAGUCCCAGAACCAAACCCAGCCCCAGAAGCUCGUAAUUUCGGAGAACGAGUUGUUGAUCCAAGGCAUCAACGAAACCCCUAAAGUGAAUUUCAAUCACGCGGCCACCGAGGUGACUCGGCGUCCGACUCACUUCCACUCGAGCUCCGACGAAUCGGUCACCGCGCCCGUGUUGACUCCGCCUCUGCCCUUCUCGACGCAGCCGAGUUGCUACUCUUCCCCUUCGUCUUCCUCCUCCGAAAUUGAAACCCUAAACCCGGGCAACAGCAAUUCAUCCUUCGUCUCCGUAGAAGACGACGAAAUCUUGAUCAAGCUCAGAAGCCCACACGUGUUCGAAAUCGAGGAGGCUCUGGCCUCACUGAGGAAGAUCACGCGAACCAGAGAGGACACUCGGGCCAGCCUCUGCACCCCUCGGAUGCUCUCCGCCCUGCGACCUCUGAUCGUAUCCAGGUACACCGGCGUUCAGGUGAACUCGGUCGCAGCGUUAGUCAAUUUGUCGUUGGAAAAGUCAAACAAGAUUAAGAUCGUACGGUCAGGAGUUCUCCCUCCGUUGAUUGAUGUGCUUAAGGCAGGAUCCCCUGAGGCGCAGGAACACGCUUCCGGUGCACUCUUUAGCUUGGCGCUUGAUGACGAUUGUAAGACCGCCAUUGGCGUUUUGGGUGCCUUGCCACCUUUGCUUCACUUACUCCGAUCCGAGAGCGAGCGGACUCGGCAUGACUCGGCACUCGCUUUGUAUCACCUUACACUCGUUCAGAGUAACCGCUCCAAAUUGGUUAAACUCGGGUCGGUUCCGAUUCUUUUGAGAAUGGUGAAGUCAGGUCAUAUGACGGGUCGGGUACUACUCACAUUGUGCAACUUGAGUUCUUGUGCGGACGGGCGGGCGUCGAUGUUGGAUGCGGGUGGGGUGGAAUGUUUGUUGGGUGUCUUGAGAGGAAAUGAGUUUGACUCGAAGGCAACUCAGGAGAGUUGUGUGGCCACAUUGUGUGGGCUGAGUUAUGGUGGUUUGAGGUUUAAGGGGUUGGCCAAGGUGGCCGGGGCGAUUGAGGUGUUAAGAGAGGUGGAGAAAAAGGGAAGCGACCGGGCGAGGGAGAAAGCAAGGAGGAUGUUGGAGAUGAUGAGGGGAAAAGAGAAGGAGGAAGAAGAUGAAGUGGAUUGGGAGGACUUGCUCCAAUCGGGGCUAGGAAGUCGAAGUCGGAGUCAACUCAAUGGUGGAUUAGGCGGGUCAAGUGUCAACUCGUCCGAAUUUUGAGUACAUAAUUUGAGGAGUUUUUUUAAGUACAGUUUUUACCAUUAUAAUUUUUUGAGUGUUUUAAUUUGGUCCAUAAGUUUUCAAUUUGAACAAUCUCAAUCCUAUAAUUUAAACAAUAUACCUUAAAUAUUAUGAGGUCACAUUAUGUUGUUUAAAGAGAAUUACAUAAUUAACAUUGUUCAGUUGUAAAUACGGGACUAGAUUAAAACAUUUAGCAAAUUGUUGGAUUUUUUUUUUUCGGCUUUUGUUUGUCAUGUUGUUGUGAACUUGUAAUUGUUGAAUGAGUUCUAAGGAAAGGGUUUUGUGAUUUACGGCUU